AUGCCUCCUCCCAGAACCAGGGAGGGCAGGGGUCACCGAGAGCACCCCCGGGCCCCCUGUGAGGAGGCCCCAGAGAGAUGGGACUGGAAUCACCCGGACACACGUCGCCUCAUGGAGGAUGCCUUCUUCCGUGAUGAGGAUUAUAUUCGCCAGGGGUCCGAGGAGUGCCAGAAAUUCUGGGCCUUCUUUGAGCGCUUGCAGAGAUUCCAGAGUCUCAAGACAGCCCGGAAGGAGGAGGAGAAAGACCCUGAGCCUUGCAAGCAUAGCAUCCCAGCCCUGGCUGACCUGCCGCGCACUUACGACCCACGUUACCGCAUCAACCUCUCCAUCCUUGGCCCUGACCCUUGGGGCUCUCGGGAGCUGGGCAGACGCCUACCCCCAGAGAGAGUGUCCGAGUUCCGUAGAGCCCUGUUGCACUACCUGGACUUUGGCCAGAAGCAGGCCUUCGGGCGCCUGGCCAAGCUGCAGCGGGAGCGGGUGGCGCUGCCCAUCGCACAGUACAGGAAGCGCAUCCUGCGGACGCUGAGGGAGCACCAGGUGGUGGUGGUGGCGGGUGACACGGGCUGCGGCAAGUCCACUCAGGUGCCCCAGUACGUGCUGGCUGCCGGCUUCAGUCACGUGGCGUGCACCCAGCCCCGGCGAAUCGCCUGCAUCUCCUUGGCCAAGCGUGUCGGCUUUGAGAGCCUCAGUCAGUACGGCUCACAGGUUGGCUACCAGAUCCGCUUUGAGAGCACGCGUUCGGCGGCCACCAAGAUCGUGUUCCUGACAGUGGGGCUGCUCCUGAGGCAGAUCCAGCGGGAGCCCAGCCUGCCCCAGUACCAGGUCCUGAUCGUGGACGAGGUCCACGAACGGCAUCUGCACAAUGACUUCCUCCUGGGCGUGCUCCAGCGUCUGCUGCCCCGGCGGCCAGACCUCAAGGUCAUCCUCAUGUCGGCCACCAUCAACAUCACACUCUUCUCCAGCUACUUCGGUGGCGCCCCUGUGGUACAGGUGCCCGGGAGACUCUUCCCCAUCACGGUUGUGUACCAGCCGCUGGAGGCGGAGCCAACCACAGCCAGGCCAGAGAAGCUGGACCCGCAGCCGUUCCUGAGGGUGCUGGAGGCCAUUGACAAGAAGUACCCACCCGAGGAGCGGGGCGACCUCCUCGUCUUCCUCAGUGGUGUGGCAGAGAUCAGCGCUGUGCUGGAGGCCGCCCAGACCUACGCCAGCCACACGCAGCGCUGGGUGGUCCUGCCACUGCACAGCACCCUCGCUGUGGCUGACCAGGACAAGGUAUUUGACGUGGCGCCCCCUGGAGUCCGAAAGUGCAUCCUCUCCACCAACAUUGCAGAGACCUCAGUCACCAUCGAUGGCAUCCGCUUUGUAGUGGAUUCUGCUUCUCUCUCUGAUUCCCUGCUCAUCUUCCCACGGCAUCAGUCGUUCUCCGUCUGGGCUGGGUGCACCUGUGGCCAGCCUGCUCCUUCAGACAGCAACACCUGUGAGAGCCGGAACUCAGCAGAGGCCCUGCUCCCAGGUCUCAUGAAGAGCAUGGACGUGGGGGAUCCCCGAACCUUCCCCUUCAUCGAGCCCCCACCCGCAGCCAGCCUGGAAACGGCCAUCCUCUACCUCCGGGACCAGGGGGCCCUGGACAGCACGGAGUCCCUCACCCCCAUCGGGUCCCUGCUGGCCCAGCUGCCUGUGGACGUGGUGAUUGGGAAGAUGCUGAUCCUGGGGUCCGUGUUCCACCUGACCGAGCCCGUGCUCACCAUUGCCGCUGCCCUCAGCGUCCAGUCGCCCUUCACCCGCAGCGCCCAGAGCAACCCCGAGUGCGCGGCAGCCCGGCGGCCCCUGGAGAGCGACCAGGGAGACCCUUUCACGCUCUUCAACAUCUUCAACUCCUGGGUGCAGGUGAAAUCUGAACGGAGCAGCGACUCCCGCAAGUGGUGCCGCCGCCGGGGCAUUGAAGAGCAGCGGCUCUAUGAGAUGGCCAACCUCCGGCGCCAGUUCAAGGACCUGCUGGAGGACCACGGGCUGCUGGCUGGGGCCCAGGCCCCGAGGCCGGGGGACAGCCACGGCCGCCUGCGGGAGCGCCGGGAGCGCCAGGCGCUGCUGCAGCUAAAGCGUCAGCACGAGGAGGGCGGGGCGCGCAGGCGCAAGGUGCUGCGGCUGCGGGAGGAGCAGGAGGGCGGCUCCAGCGACGAGGACGCCGCCUCGGGCGGCCGGGCUGCCGGCCACGGCGUGGACAUCCAGGACGUGAAGUUCAAGCUGCGGCACAACCUGGAGCAGCUGCAGGCAGCUGCCACCUCGGCGCAGGACCUGACGCGGGACCAGAUGGCCCUGCUCGAGCUGGUGCUGGGCCGCGGCCUCUACCCGCAGCUGGCCGUCCCCGACCCCUUCAACAGUGGCCGCAAGGACUCCGACCAGAUAUUCCACACUCAGACCAAGCAGGGCACCGUGUUGCACCCGACCUGCGUCUUUGCUAGCAGCCCCGAGGUGCUGCACGCACAGAAGCCAGAGAACGGGCCCGGGCCGGGGAGCCGAGGUGACAAGGACAAGGGCAGCAGCAGACACCAGCUGCUCGUCUUCGUCUCCCUGCUGGAGACCAACAAGCCGUACCUGGUGAACUGCGUCCGCAUCCCCGCCCUGCAGUCCCUUCUGCUCUUCAGCCGCUCCCUGGAUACCAGCGGCGACUGCUCUCGCCUGGUGGCCGAUGGUUGGCUAGAGCUCCAGCUGGCGGAUGCUGAGAGUGCUGUCCGGCUCCUGGCGGCUGCCCUGCAGCUCCGUGCCCACUGGGAAAGCAUCCUGGACCGGCAGCUGGCCCACUGCACCAAGCGGCGGCUGGAGGAGGAGGAGGAGGAGGCCCUGACCGUCAGCCACAAGGAGGUGGCAGCCCUGAGCAGGGACUUGCUGCAGUUCAUGGUGCCCAAGAUUCCCUACAGUCUCCGGCGGCUCACAGGGCUGGAGGUCCAGAACCUCUACGUGGGACCCCAGACCAUCAUGGCUACCCCCAGUCUCCCCGGAGUCUUUGGCAGCUCUACCCUGUCCCCCCAUCCCACCAAAGGGGGUUUCAUAGUCACAGACUUCCUCACCUACAACUGCCUCACGAGCGACACUGACCUGUACAGCGACUGUCUCCGCACCUUCUGGACCUGCCCCCACUGCGGCCUGCACAUGCCCCUUACGCCGCUGGAGCGCAUCGCCCACGAGAACACCUGCCCCGACGCCCCACGGGACAGCCUCGCAGGGGCUGAAGAGGCAGCCCCCGAGCCCGUCCAGAAAGCAUCUGCCCUGCAGAGGCCCUACCGCUGCGAGACCUGCCAGAAGGACUUUGUGUUCACGCCCACCGAGGUCCUGCGACACCGGAAGCAGCACGUGUGA